AUGCCCAAGUCAGACCUCUCUGUGUUCGACAAGGAUGCCACACAACUCCCGGGAAUUCUUAUUGGGGCUCUGAAAAUUAAGAAAGUGCCUCCUGCGUUCAUUGUUCUCGCUAUAUGUUCAAUUAUACUUUGGACCAAGAUCAUUUCGCCGUUAAUUGACGAGGGAAGAUCCGCAUGGUCUGCGCUCAACUCGGAAUCUGCUGCUGGAGGUAUCUUUGGAGUGAACAAGCGCCCCAAGUUUCCCGGUUCGAUCUGCGUCAAAACCCUUGAUCCUGACUUGCUUCCGCGAUCGAUGAAGGGGAAGACGGGUCCCGAGUCUGUCAAAAAGAGAUUGGUCUUCAUUGGUGACAUUCAUGGAUGCAGAGAGGAAUUGGAAGCUUUGUUGAAGAAGCUGCGAUUUGACCCUGCGAAAGAUCACCUGGUUGCUCUGGGAGAUAUAGUUUCAAAAGGACCCGACUCUUUGGGUGUGAUUGAUCUAUUACGUCGGUACAACGCAUCUUGCGUAAGAGGAAACCACGAUGAUCGCCUACUCCUUGUCGCGCAGAGUUUACGAGCACAGUCUUCAGCUACCAAAGAGAUUCUGGAAUCAGGGAAAAGCACGGGCACACACAAGCAUGCGGAUCCCGUGGAGCGAAUGGCGAGGUCUCUGAGCACUGCGCAACUUGAGUAUUUACAGUCAUGCCCCAUCAUACUUCGGAUAGGGAAAAUGGAGGCUUUCAACGGAGAAGCUGUGGCCGUUCACGCUGGGCUCGUUCCAGGGCUGGCGCUUGAAUUGCAGGAUCCUGUCUCAGCUAUGAACAUGAGAGUACUUGAUCUUGCGACCCAUUUGCCAUCGCACAAGCACAGAUUGAAGGGCAGCGUUGCAUGGUAUAAGCUGUGGAACAGAUAUCAACAGCUACUCGAUUUGCACAAGCGGUUUGGCAAGCACAAAAGAGAACGGGAAUCCGAGUCGCACACCACAGUCAUCUAUGGCCAUAACGCUAAAGAAGGCUUGCAGAUCCGCAAAUACACAAAGGGCCUCGACACUGGCUGUGUGAAGGGAGGCAAGCUCACCGCUUUGGUGGUUGAUGGUGAGGGAAGGCAACAGAUAGUUCAAGUCAAGGCCAAAAAGCACACGCACCGGUCGUCACUUCAAGUCGACGUACUCCGAGAUGGCGGGCCGAAAGCACCUCCAUGCGAUGAAGCAGGUUGA